AUGACGCUCAUAUGAGAAGACAAAAAUGAGUAUAUUUUUCCAUUUAUGUGGUUUUCAAUAUUAAUUUGAAAGAAUGAAACGAAAGUCUCCUGAUAUUUCAUUGCCUAUGCGCAUACAUCGCGCGUUAUUUGUUUUAGAGGAAGCAACCAGCUUCCUUGUCCUUACUCAGGUCAUCCAAUCGCGAUGUGGCUUUUAUUUUUUGAGAAGCAAAUGGUGGGAGGGAAGCGUGCCUAACUGUCUGGCACACAUUCUCCAUUGUAUUACCAGAAAAUGAACUAUUCCGUUGACCAUACAAGUGCUUGUUCGAGACUAAAUUUGGACCAUUUCGCCGUUGACUCCAGCAGGGCUUUUUGUGGUCUUAAUCGGGGCAGCUCAUUUGAAAAUGAGCGGCAAAAGACAUGGCUGGCGUUUGUGCAUUAGCUGAUCGCCUGUGCAGUGCCUCUGCCAAUGGAAAUUUACCAGAGGUUUUAUCAUUACUACAAAAUGGAGCUGAUGUCAAUGGGAGGAAUGCUUUCAAUAGGACUCCACUGCAGGUGGCCAAGCUGGGCAACACAGCCGUCAUAGAGGCCCUCCUGCAGGCCGGAGCUGACCCGAACCUCCGCGACACGGUCCUCGGCCUGACUGUCACCCACGAUACCGCCCGCGAAGGAUUCGAGGACACCAUGCGGGCUCUUCUGGCCCACGGGGCGGACCCCAACCUCGUGGACGAACGAGGGGACCUCCCGUUGCACUCCGCCGCCAAAAGCGGCAGCGUCGAAGCGGUGCGGCUCCUACUGGCAGCCACGGCCAACCCCCGACAAGUGAACCGGGAUGGCGAGACCGCCGAGCAGUCGGCAGUCCUCCGCGGGUGGGACGACACGGCUGCCUGCAUCCGCAACUACCUGCAAGGCUUUGAGUGAUCAUGUUUCACCGUUAUGUCGCUAUACCUGUUCAACAUGACAUCCUCCAAGUCAUCUCAUUUAAAAAAAUAAAAAUAAAACAAAUAUU